AUGAGGCUCUUUCUCUCGCUUGCCUCUCGGCCAUUGACCCGGUCAACCUCUCUCCCACCUCUAGCAGCGUUGAAUGGUCAGUCUCGCCUCUCUUCUACCAAAUCCACUAGCGCGAAACGACCUCUUCCCCUUGCUGGCGUUACAGUCGUCAGCCUUGAGCAAGCCAUCGCCGCACCGUUCUGCACUCGUCAACUUGCCGAUCUUGGCGCACGAGUCAUCAAAAUCGAAAGGCCAGGGGUUGGAGACUUCGCUCGACAGUAUGAUAGUCGCGUCGAUGGGCUCGCGUCGCAUUUCGUUUGGACAAAUCGUUCAAAAGAGAGUCUGGCGCUAGACCUCAAGCAUCAAAAAGACCAUGCCAUUCUCAUGAAACUUCUUGAAAAGGCCGACGUUCUUGUUCAAAAUCUCGCACCUGGUGCUAGUUCACGACUUGGGCUUUCUCAUGACUCAUUGAAGGAAAAGCAUCCUGGUCUGAUCGUAUGCGAUAUAUCCGGCUAUGGACAGAACGGCCCCUACCGCGACAAAAAGGCAUAUGACCUUCUCAUCCAAAGUGAAGCGGGCAUGCUUUCUGUUACAGGGACUGGAAAAGAGCCAGUGAAAGUGGGAAUUUCCAUCGCGGACAUCUCAGCCGGAAUGUACGCUUACAGCAAUAUUCUAUCAGCCUUGCUGCAGCGCGGAAAAGACGGGCAGGGAUGUCAUAUCGACAUUUCUAUGCUAGAAUGCAUGGUAGAGUGGAUGGGGUUCCCGAUGUACUAUGCGUUCAACAACGCCCCUGGUCCGGUCCCGGCAGGUGCCUCACAUGCGGCCAUUUACCCAUAUGGACCGUUCGACACAGGUGAUCGAAAGUCAGUCAUGUUGGGCAUACAAAACGAGCGGGAGUGGGUGAACUUCUGUAACGGGGUUCUGUCACUGCCGGAUCUUGCUAAAGAUCCUCGAUUCGUGAGUAAUUCUCAACGGACUCAGAACCGAGACGAACUCAAAGCAAUCAUUCAUGAUGUAUUCUCGAAGUUCACCGUCGAUGAAGUUAUUGCCCGGUUGGACGAGGCAUCGAUCGCGAACGCUAGCGUGAAUGACAUGCAGAAUGUCUGGGACCACGCUCAGCUUAAAGCGCGCGAUCGCUGGACGAAGGUGCAGACUCCUGUUGGGGCAGUACCGGCUCUGUUGCCUCCUGGAUUCAUUGCAUCGCUAGAAGGCGGUGCCAAUAGUGCUCAGAUGGGCUCGAUACCCAGUGUUGGAGAGCACAACGAGGCCAUUCUUGCGGAACUGGGCAUAUCGGAAUGA